UGCAAUUUUAGCUAUCGUGAGCGCGACCCAACAUCACAAUCUCCUCCUUUCUUUUCACACCACAGUAGCGUAGAAAGUUUUCUGUUACACACUGCUACCUCCUUCGUUUUCCAUGGAUCAGGCAAUUAAAACACUAAAGUGAUGUUUAUCUUCGCCUCACCACCUUUGAGAAAGAGAAAAGGCUAUAAAUAGACAAAUCCAUACGCAAAGAGAAACCAAGUUAGUUUACAAGCAGAGUUAGUUUAAGAAAACAUUUCCUUAGGAGCAUAAGAAAAAGAAGUUAAGAACAUGGCUGUUGAUGCUGAAAUUGUGUUCCCAGUCAUUGAGUUCCAUUCAUCAGAUUUAGAGCGAGGAACCGAAGGGUGGAACCGUUUGUGCAAGAGGGUUCGAGAGGCUUGUGAGACUUUCGGUUGUUUCGAGGUGGUGUAUGAAAAGAUCUCAAAGAAUGUUCGAGAGGACGUGUUCGGGUUGUUGAAAGAACUAUUUGACGUCCCAGUGGAGAGGAAACAGAAGAACACCAGUCCUAUUCCUUUCCAUGGUUGGGUUGGACCAUGUAAAGAGAUUUCUUUGUUGUAUGAAGGCUUCGGACUUGGAGAUGCCUCCAACUAUGAUUCUAUUAAAAGCUUUGCUCAAGUUAUGUGGCCUGAUGGUCACCCACACUUUUGUGACAUUAUACACACUAUGGCAACACAAAUGGAGGAGCUAAACAAGUUAAUCUGGUUAAUGAUAAUUGAUAGUUAUGAAUUAGGGAAUAGGUCACUGGAUAUGAACUACAAAACGCUGAUGCGGAUGAUGAAAUACAUACCCCCUCAACAGGGAGAGUAUGAGAGUGGGCUCUUUGCUCAUACUGAUAAACCACUCAGUACACUCAUUUGUGAGCAUCAAAUUCCAGGGCUGGAAAUUGAGGUCAAUGACGGCCAAUGGAUCAAGUUGUUUAAUUUAUCUCCUUCUUCCUUUGUAUUUGUGGUAGGAGAUACUCUCAAGGCAUGGAGUAAUGGGAGAUUAAAAGCGGUGACUCACAGAGUGAUGAUGAACGAAGGUAAAGAUCGAUAUUCUAUGUCAGCAUUCGCAGUUCCAAAUGAAAAUACCAUAAUCAAGGCACCCAAAGAACUUAUAGAUGAGCAACAUCCUCAACUUUACAAGGACUUUGAUUUUAAGGACUACUUACUUUUUGUCUACUCUGACCCAAAAAAGCGCAUCAACUCCGGCCAACAGAUUGACGCCUUUGCUGCUCUCUCACCACCAGCUUCCAAUUAAGUGCACGCCCAUAUCAACUAGUAAAAACUCGGUUUCGGUUUUAAAUUAAUGUUAGAAAUAAUAAAUUGAGUUCUGUACUCGAUAUCUGCAUUCUCGUAAUGUAUUGUGAUGUUAUAAUUUGUUAGAAUCGUGUAUGGAUUCGAUAAGAUAGAAACUUAUGGAUUCGAUAAGAUGCCUACUCAUUGAACUUGAA